AUGGCGUUGUAUGAGUUUUUGGCUUGUUUGUUGAUCCUGGUUUUGGACACUACUGCAGGUAUACUCGGCAUUGCGGCUGGAAAUCAAACAGAUGAGUGUUCGGGUGAGCAGGAUGACAUUGAUCUAUGUGGUUUAGUAGCUUUCCUGCUAGGAUUUGCAGCAUCAGUACUUCUUCUCCUUGCCCAAAUUUGUGGGAACUGUUUCGCUGGUUGCAUUUGCAUUUGCACAGAGGAUGACUUAAACAAAGCAUCUGCCAAGAAACGAUUGGCAGCGGCUUCCCACAUUUUCUCAUUGUGUCGUAUGAACAAGAUAAUAUUAGCAGUUGGAUUGACAAUGCUGAUCGAAGGGAUGGCGAAUGCAGCCAGCAAAUGCUGCGAACCCAAACCCUUUCUCACUGUUGGAGGAAUUCUAUGUUUGGCUCAUGGACUCUUCACCGUCGCUUAUUAUCUAUCAGCCACCGCAGCUGCUAGAGAUGAUCGAGCAAGUGGACCUCGAUACCCUCUAGAAACAUAUUUUACAGGGGGCUAA